AGCUGAUCGUGACGUCAUUCUCCAACAUGGCGGACUGGAAUAGAGGUCAUGGCUCUGUGGAUGACAUGCUGGAUGCUGAGAACAAACGACUGGCUGAUAACUUGGCCACCAAAGUCUCCAGACUGAAAUCUCUGGCUUAUGACAUCGACAGGGAGGCCGAUGAUCAGAACGAGUACCUCGACGGCAUGGACUCAAACUUCCUGAGUGCGACCGGCUUGUUGAGCGGCAGCGUGAAGCGAUUCUCCACAAUGGUCCGAUCUGGGAGAGACAACCGCCGCAUCCUCUGCUACGUCUCUGUGGGGCUGGUCCUGGUCUUCUUUUUGCUCUACUACUUGGUCUCCAGGAUUCAGCGCUGAUGGGAAAUCAUCUCAGCCUGGACCUGGUCCUGAUGUGGAGAUGAGACUGUAGACUGUGAUGCCAUAUCUGAUAGGUUUAAAUAAGCUCUGUGGAUCUCAUGCGACUGAGAAGACUUUUUUUCUUUUGAAAACAAACGGGGAGUAGACAGAAAACAUUUUCGCUGUAUUGUUGGUCGGCACAGUAGGGAACAUCGGCCAGCUCCCUGGGGGAAACUGCAGUUGGUAUGGUCAUAACACAGACCCUGGAGUCUCUUCAAAAGAAAGAAACAUGCCAGGACUUUGGGGUCUUCUGCUUGGCACCGACUUUGUCCCAUCCUGCAGCUGCCAGAAAGUCCUUAUUUGGACUGAGAAAGGGGGAGGCCUGAAUGCAUGAGUAUGGUACACAUUACUGCUGAGUUUAAUGGAUUGAUGAAACCAUCAGUCAGGACAAAAUAUAUUUAAUAACAGAUUUACUGUGUCUCAAUUUCAGACUACACGAUAAUCUAAAGAGCCCAUAUUAUGUAUACUUUUACAGAUUUAGAAUUUAUUUUGAGGGGUCUACUAGAAUAUGUUUACAUGGUUAAAUGGUCAAAAACACAAUCUUUCUCCGACUGUACAUUCCUGCACCAUUGCUUCUCACCUUCCACCUGAAAUGCUAUGUUUUGGCUGCUGUCCCUUUAAGUCCACCCUUCCUGAAAAGCCCAGUCUGCUCUGAUGAUUAGGUACCACACAGCUGUGUAGCCAGUGAUGAAGAUCAAGCAGAGGCUGCUCUAGUGAAUAUCAUAAAGGUAGACUGUGAGGAAGCUGCUCAUUCUUUGUUUGAGGGACAAACUAGCUGCUAGACAGGUGUGAUGCAAACAUGUUACACAGUCAUGUAGAUAAGUAACAAAAGAAAUGCCAGAACUGUAAACCAUGUGUUUCAGGCAGGUAAGGGGGAAGUCCAAAAAGUAUGAUAUGGGCUCUUUACAACUAGAAUUUAAUUCUAGCUAGUCUGUUUACAUUGCAAAGCUGACAGAUUUAUUUGGAGUGUGCUGCUUAUGUUUGCUGUUGUCUCAUAAAGCAAUGCACAGAGGAAAUGAAGAAAUAACGAGUGAGACAGAAAAGCCAAAGGUAAAAAGUUUUAUAUAUAUCUGGAAAAUGUCCCUUUCUUGUUGAGGUUUAAUUGUCAGUGUUAUUCCACUGCAUAUAUUUUUCUAUUUUCUGGGGCUCAAUCACUCAAUCAGUUCUAUCAGUGCAAGACAGAAGAGUAUUUUUUAAAGGAUGAUUCAUAUGUACACAGCAAAAACACGUAAUAUACCCCGAACAAGAAUAUAAACACAGCAUGCAAGUGGUCCUCUUUUUAGACUUAGAAAAAAAGAAUGUUAAAAUCUAAUUUCUAUUGUUGUUUUGGUUAGAAAAUGGUUAAACUCAGCUAAUAGUGCACCAACUGCUGUUUAGCUGGUGACAGAUUUUCAGUCAUGAGUUAAUCCACACCCGAGGCAGCUGUGCCUUUAAAGGACAAUGAUCAAAUAAUGUGAUUAGUGCAGAGACACUUCUUUGACCAGUGACUAGAAAAGGCCACCCUAAAAUGCAGAUGUUGACUUGAUGCAACAGAUGACAGGAGAAUAGGAGAACAGGCUGUUGGCGCUGUAGAUGCUGGCAUGACAGUUAGGGCCGUAGUUAGGCACUUGAAAUUCCACAAAUUUCCCAUUUAUCUUUUAAGAAACCAUUUCGAACAGCAUGAUGUGAGAAUCUGCCACAUGAUGCUCUGCAUGUGUAUGAAUGUGACAUUACGCGAUCCUGUCCCCCAAAAUGUUAUCAUGUCCAAUAACAUCGCAUGCUGCAUUUAUAUUUAUGUUCGGUGUAAAUGAGACGCCAUUUGUGUGUAUAUAGUGUGGAAUUUGAAGAAGGCAGGUGAAAAAACUUCAGUUGUGAACAAUAAUUGGCAAGAAUAUCUGCUGUUGGCUGGUCUUUGGAAGGACAGCUCUUUCAUCUUCACAUCUGUCUUUUGGACAUUUUCAUAUGUACAAAGGGAACCUUAUUGAUCCUGCAGUUGUUUAACAGAGUUAGCAAAUAUUUUAACAACAAUGUCACAUUCAAAUCUUUUUUUUUUUUUUUUAAAUGUAACAUCAUUGUGCUGUGUUGCGUUGGACUUUGGAUUAAUGAGCUGUUUUUUCAGCUUGGGCUCACAGUUAAACCUGUUUUCUUCUAAUAGGUAUUUUUAAAUAGGAACUGCCCUGUCCUGUUCUUACAGGGACAGUUUGUUUAUAACCUUUUGUUUUCCCCACAUUGAGCCAGUGAAACAGAUUGUUGAAGAUUAGAGACUGUUAAAAAGAUUUUCCUUCCUCAGUGUGUCGACAUUCCAUCUGUCUGCAUUGGUGACAGCAUGAGACAUUAAAUAUUAUUACUAAUACAUAUGCAAUAAAUGGUUUUAACUUCUGAACAUGUUAUUUAUAAUUUCUACUUUCUAUGUGUUUAACACAUUAGAACAUUUAAGUUCUGGGAAUUAUAUGAGAUAUUCUGAAAAUAAUUUAGUACUAUUGCAUUUUAAUAAUUUUUUCAAAUAAAGUUUUUAUUUUCACAAUAUGUAUCUUAAAACCUUUGAUAAGCAAAUAAUAAAUUCAAUAAAGCUCUCUAAAA